AUGGCAGGCCGUCCACGUUUCGACAAGUCCCAAAUAGAGGCUUACUUUACCCGCAUCGCCCUCCCAGACCAUGAGCGCAAGUACUCCGUCUCCGACUUGUCAGACGACGAGCAGUUGAGAUUUCUGCAACUCCUGCAAAGGCACCACCUAGUCACGGUGCCCUUUGAGAACCUGACGCUGCACUACUCGUGGCACCGCGUCGUCGACGUGAACCCGCCGCACCUCUUUGACAAGAUCGUUGCCGAGCGGCAAGGGGCCGGGGCCGGGGCCGGACGCGGACGCGGCGGUUAUUGCAUGGAGGUCAACUCGCUGCUGCACACGCUGCUCCUGUCGCUGGGGUUCCGCGUCUUCAUGGCCGGGGCCCGCGUGUACAGGGCCCCGACAGCAUCCUAUGGCGGCUUUUCGCACUGCGUCAACAUCAUCCGGAUCGGCGACGGGGCGCGGUACAUGGUCGACGUCGGGUUCGGGGCCAAUGGGCCCACGGUGCCGUUGCCGCUAGACGUUGGACGCCAGCACACGCAGAUUGCGCCGGCGGAUAUGCGACUUGUCCGAGAGCCAAUCCCUCAAAAUGCCGACCAGGAGUGCAAACUGUGGAUAUACCAGCAGAGGAUCAAUGCCCGUGCCAGCUGGGAGCCAAUGUACUGUUUUGUGGACUUUGAGUUUAUACUGGAAGAUAUUCGUGGCAUGAACCUUUCUCCAUGGAAGAGUCCCACAUCGCUCUUCACUCAGCGCGUCAUCGUGACGAGAUUCACCAUAAAGGGAGAAAUCGAGGUCGAAGGGGCCCAGAAUCCUCGUGUAAAAGCUCUCGAACUGCAGGAUGAAUUUGACGGGACGUUGAUUCUGGACAACAACAAACUAAAGUGGCGGCGAGACGGCGAGACCGUACUGGAAAAGCAGUUGGAGAGCGAGGAGGAAAGAAUCGCCGCGCUGAAGAAAUACUUUGACAUUCAUCUCAGCCAUCAAGACGUCGAAGCAAUUCGUGGGACAUGUACACAAAUAAAAAGUCAGUGA